UUUCCAAAUCAAGAUGCCUCUCCUUCCUUCCCAUCCUCCUCCUUCCUAAACCCAUCCCCCUCCCCCCUAUCUCUCAAUGGAGGAGGGGCCGCCCGCUCCCGCUCCCGCUCCUCGCCCCCCGCUACCACCCCAUCCUGCCUCCCACGAUAACGCCUUCUCCUCCGCCGUUGUCCACGCCUACCCGCCUCCCCUCACCUACAUCGUUCAGGUCCCCAAAGAUCAGAUCUACCGCGUCCCGCCUAAGGAGAACGCUCGUCUUGUCGAAGAGUACCGCGCCCAUUUCGCUUCUCUCCGGAAAAGACGCACGCCUUGCCUCAAUUUCUUCCUCCGCUUCCUUUGCGUCUUCAUCUCCAUAGCGAUUCCUCUUUUGGCCGCAUCGCUCGUCUUCUACAUCGUCGUUCGCCCGACUGCCCCUGUCUUCGAUGUUGAUUGUGUUGAAAUGGAAUCGAAGGCUCUGUUCGAGAUCUUCAUGGAGGUUAAGAACCCUAGUAUUGGGAUGGGAUACUCGAUCGAGAAAAGCGUAGGACGAGGGGUGAGGCUGAGUUAUAAAGGGAAAGUCUUGAUGGAUGGAGAGUCGCCCGAGUUAGACCUGAAGGCGAAGGAGUCUAAAAGGUUCAAAUUAGGGUUACACGGGGAGAAGAAGGCGGUGCUAGAGGAGGUGGAGGAGAGUCUGCAGGGAUCGAAGAAGGCGGUGGAGCUAAAGUUGAUGGUGGGGAUGCCGGUGAGGGCGCAGAUUUGGCGAUUAAGGUUGUGGAGGAUGAAAAUGAAGGUGGAGUGCGAUGUGAGGUUGAAGGGAAUGGGGAAGGUGAUGAAGGUGUUGUCUCAAGAUUGCAUGGUUGUGGUAGGGUUAGCGGGGUCAUGAAAUGGCUUCUUAAAUGGAGAAGAAAAUGAAACGAAUUUGGUUCAAAAAUAUAUGGCUUUAUAAUUUUAAUCUGUAAGGAAUAAUGAAUUUGAGUAUUAUUUUCAGAUUCUAAAAGAUUUUCUUGCAGAUGUUAUAUAAAUGUCUUAUAUUUUUGAAGGAUUUUUUUGAGUUUUUCACAUAAAAUCUGUGAAAUGCUCUUGAUGUAAUUUUUAUUUUUGUUUUUAAAUAUUUGCUAAUGAUGUAAUUUGGCUCUCGACCACAUUGGUUGUGAUGCUAGAUUGCUUUGGGGAGAUCAUAUCUAUGUUCAUCAUAUAUUUGAAUGAAUUUUU